AUGAAUAAUACAAAUAUUAAUAGACGUGAGAAGAGGAAAAGACAGGAGGAAAUAUAUAAUGUUAUUCAGAAAAAAAUAAAAAAUUGUAAUAUGUUGAAAUAUUAUCAAAACGAAAAUCAAAAUGAUUAUGAUUUCUCUUCAUUAAUGAAGAAGAAUAUUGACAUAAAUAAAAAUGAACACAUAUAUAUAAAGAAUGUAGAUAAAGAUGAGAUUAUAUGUACUUAUAAAAAUGACAGUGUAGAGAAAGAGACCUAUAAUUUUAUAAACAAUGAAUAUAAUGAUACAACAUUUUUAUUAUAUGAUGAAAUGGGUGUACACCAAAAUGGAAAUAAGAAUUUAAAAUUACAAGUUCAUUUGAAGAAAUACAAAGAGGAUGAUAAUUUCCAGCAUUUUAUUAGAAAAGGUUUAAAGAGAAAAAAUGAAAAGGACCUUAAAAUGAUAGAUUAUGAGAACUAUGAAAAAAAAAACGAAUGCGACAAAAUUAUUUGUGAAGAGAGACGAUGUGAAAAAAAGGGUUCUAAAAAGAAUCAACAAGAAGUGAGCAGAUGUAAUGAAAUGAAUAGUUUGAAGAAUUAUAAGAAAAAAUUAGCUCAUCCAAAAAAAAAGAAAACUAACCAGAAAGGAAACAGUGGUCAUGAUAAUAAUGAUAAUAAUGAUAAUAAUAAUAAUAAUAAUAAUAAUAAUAAUAAUGAUAAUUAUAAUAAUAAUAAUAAUAAUUAUAAUAAUAAUAAUAAUUUUAAUAAUAACCUUUUUAAUGACAAUUGUCAUGAUAAUAAAACUCAUUCACAUAUGUGGGAAGGCCUAUUAAAAAAAGACGUUCUUUUAUUAUUAAUUCAAGCAAUUAAAAAUAUGGGAUAUAAUAAAUCAGCCAAAUAUUUAGAACUAGAAAGUGGUAUAGAAUUAGAACAACCAAUAAUAAAAAAGAUUCAUAAGAAUAUUUUAUCAGGGAAAUGGAAGAAUGCCAUCAUAAGUUUAAAAAAAUUAAAUAUAAAUAAAAAAUUAAUAAAAGCUAUUAGCUUUUUAAUAUAUGAACAAUGUUUUAUAGAAUAUUUAUAUGAAGGGAAAUAUUUUGCUGCUUUAAGAUGUUUAAGAAAUAAAUUACAAACAUGUUGUUUUGAUGAGGAUACAUAUCAUAGAUUACAUCAGUGCACAACCUUUUUUAUGAUAAUAAAUAAUAACAAUGAUAAUUUUGACAAUAAAUAUUAUUGUGAUGAUAAAUAUUAUUGUGAUGAUAAAUAUUAUUGUGAUGAUAAAUAUUAUUGUGAUAAUAAAGAUAAUUAUAAUUAUCACCAUUAUUAUAAUAUACAAUAUACAUGUAAAGAGAAAUAUAAAAAUUCUCGUAGUAUUUUAUUUGAAAAAAUUAACAGAUUAUUACCUGAACAUAUUAUCAUACCACCAAGACGACUAGCCAUUUUGCUUCAUCAGUCUUUGAAAUAUCAAGUUGAUAAUUGUUUGUUUCAUAAUCAUUUUUCUCAAAAAAUUUUAAAACGUAAUAAAAGAACUAUCAAAUCUAAAAAAAUGGAAAAUCUUAAAUUAAACAAAAAGGAUAAUAAAAAGAAAAACAAAUGUAAUAAAUCAGAAGGAGAAAUGAAACCAUGUCAUAUCACGGAAGACAUAAAAAAUGAGGAUCAUAUUUUUAGAAAAGAAAAAAAAAAACAAAAAAAAAAAAAUCAACAAAAAUGCAAAAAUAAAAAAAAUAUUAAAAAUAUUAAAAAUAAUAAAAGUAAAAUUAAUGAUUCUAUAAAAAGUCAUAAAAAUAAAAUUCUGGUUCCUACAAAUCCAAGUACAAAUAAUGAACCUACAAAUAAUAAUAAUAAUAAUAUUACAACUGUCACAACAGAAUGUUUAAGUAAUGAAGAUAUAUUAAAUGCAUCUAAUAAGGAGAAUACUACGUUUAUGAAUACAUCCAUAUGGAAUAAUGAACAUAUACAACAAAAUAUACAAUCAAAUGUAUAUCCAAAUGAAUAUAAUGUGACCAAUAUUAAUUCAUCUUAUGAUAAAUCCAAAACAAAAUGUUUUAUGAAAUACCCUGCAAAUGCAGAAACAACAGUGGUUCAUCAAAAAUGUAAUAAGGAGGAAGAAGUUCAAGAUGUAUAUCCUGCUAAUACAAGCAACCCAACAUCUUUAGAUAUAUAUAGCAACUCUACAACUUAUGAGAACCAAAGGAAGAAAAAGAGAAACAUUAUUAUUGAACAAGAAUGUAAUGAAGACAUAUCAUCAAAUAAUGAUCACAAUUAUAUAAUGAAAGAACAAAAUAAUGAUAUAAUUAUAAAAGAAGGAACAAAUGAAAACUUAUUGAAAACAUAUGAAGAAGUUGUAAUUACUCAUAGUAAAAAUGAAAAUAUACAACAUAAUAAUGAUCAUACUAAUAAAGAAAAAAAUGAACAAAUAAAUAAUCUUAACAACAUUAAUAAAAAUAAAAAUUCUAAUAAUAAUAGUAUGGAACCAUUAAAUUAUAACAAUAAAUGUUGUAUGUCGAGUGAAAUACAACAACUAGAACAUAAUCAUCUGGAUAAUGAAAAAAUAAAAGAAAUGAAGAUAAAUUAUAAUGUGAAAGAUAAAAAAAAAGAUAUGAACAAAAAAGAAAAUAAUAAUAUUAAUAUAAAUAAUAAUAAUAAUGAUGAUUAUCAUCAUCAUCAUCAUCAUGAUGAAAUGUAUCAAAAUCAUAAUUGUUUGGACUCCAAAACAGAUCGAACAAAAAUUAAUAGUUGUUAUACACAUCAUGAAUUACAUUCUUUAUCUCUUUUAAAAAAUCAUGAAUGCAAAAAAAUAAAAUUACCUUAUUAUUGUAUUAAAAUAUUACAAGGACAUAAAGAUGAAGUUUGGUAUGUCAAUGUCUCUCCAAAUGGAAAAUAUAUAGCAUCGUCAAGUAAAGAUAAAAGUAUUUUUUUAUGGAGAGGAAUAUAUCCUUUUAAUAAAAUAAGAGAAUGGAAUGGACAUAUUGAUGGUGUUAGCUAUAUUAUAUGGAGUCAUAAUAGUAAAUAUUUAGUUUCAGGUUCUAAUGAUUCAAAUAUUAUUAUAUGGAGUCCAAAAAGUAAUAAAAAAAAAUUAAGUCUAAAUAUGCAUAGUGGUCCUAUUACAUCUAUCUGUUGGUCAAAAGAUGAUUCUAUUAUAGUAUCAUCAGCUUUUGAUAAAAAAAUUUUCUGUACUAAAUUAAAUGAAGAAUUAAAAAGUUUUUCUAUUUUAUAUGCAUGGUCAUUUAGUACCAGAAUACAAAAUUUUGUUUUUACAAAUAAUGAUCAAUAUUUAAUUGUUGUAGCGUCUGAUAAAAAUGUUAGAGUUAUUGAUUAUAAUCAAAAAAAAGAAUUAUAUAUAUUACCUGAAUUUGAUACAAUUACAUCUGUAUGUGCAUCUAAAUUGUAUAAUCAUAUAUUAGUUAAUAUAGCAGAUCAAAGACCAACAAUCAAAUUAUGGGAUGUUAAAUAUAGAUAUAUUAUUCAAACAUAUAGAGGUCAUAAACAAGGGAGAUUUAUUGUACAUUCAACCUUUGGGGGUAAAAAUGAAGAUUAUGUUAUAAGUGGUAGCGAAGAUAGCCUAAUAUAUAUAUGGCAUAAAACAAAAGGAUAUCUAUUAGAUGUUAUAAAUGGACAUGCAUCUACUGUUAGUAUUGCUAUAUGGCCUUUAUCUUAUUCCAAAUUCCCAUAUAUGAUUUCAGCAUCUGAUGAUCACACAUUGAUGAUUUGGAACGUACAUCCUAAAAUUAACAAAAUUAAAAAAGAAAAAAAAAAGGCUAGAAAAAAAUUCAUUCAUCCAUUCUUAAGAGAAUUGACUAAAUAUAAUUCAAUCAAAAAUUGA